AUGGGUACGUCUGCGAGCAGCAGCACCGCACUGGCCUCCGGCAGCCGCUUCGCCCGCCGAGUCAGAGCCACGAUGAUCGCGGGAUCCCUUCUCCUGCUUGGAUUCCUUAGCACCACCACAGCUCAGCCCGAACAGAAGGCCUCAAAUCUCAUUGGCACAUACCGCCAUGCUGACCUUGCCACCGGCCAAGUGCUAACCUGUGACAAGUGUCCAGCAGGAACCUAUGUCUCUGAGCAUUGUACCCACACAAGCCUGCGCGUCUGCAGCCGUUGCCCUGUGGGGACCUUUACCAGGCAUGAGAAUGGCAUAGAGAAAUGCCAUGACUGUAGUCAGCCAUGCCCAUGGCCGAUGAUUGAGAAAUUACCUUGUGCUGCCUUGACUGACCGAGAAUGCACUUGCCCACCUGGCAUGUUCCAGUCUAACGCUACCUGUGCCCCCCAUACGGUGUGUCCCGUGGGUUGGGGGGUACGGAAGAAAGGGACAGAGACUGAGGAUGUGCGCUGUAAGCAGUGUGCUCGGGGUACCUUCUCAGAUGUGCCUUCUAGUGUGAUGAAAUGCAAAGCAUACACAGACUGUCUGAGUCAGAACCUGGUGGUGAUCAAGCCGGGGACCAAGGAGGCAGACAACCUCUGUGGCCCACUCCUGCCCUUCUCCAGCUCCACUUCACCUUCCCCCGGCACAGCCAUCUUUUCACGCUCUGAGCACAUGGAAUCCCAUGAAGUCCCUUCCUCCACUUAUGUUCCCAAAGGCAUGAACUCAACAGAAUCCAACUCUUCUGCCUCUGUUAGACCAAAGGUAUCGAGUAGCAUCCAGGAAUGGACAGUCCCUGACAACACAAGCUCAGCAAGGGGGAAAGAAGACAUGAACAAGACCCUCCCAAACCUUCGGGUAGUCAACCACCAGCAAGGCCCCCACCACAGACAGAUUUUGAAGCUGCUGCAGUCCACGGAGGCCACUGGGGGCGAGAAGUCCAGCACGCCCAUCAAGGGAUCCAAGAGGGGACAUCCUAGACAGAACCUACGUAAGCAUUUUGACAUCAAUGAGCAUUUGCCCUGGAUGAUUGUGCUUUUCCUGCUGCUGGUGCUUGUGGUGACUGUAGUGUGCAGUAGCCGGAAAAGCUCGAGGACUCUGAAAAAGAGGCCCCGGCAGGAUCCCAGUGCCACUGUGGAAAAGGCAGGGCUGAAGAAAUCCAUGACUCGAACCCAGAACCAGGAGAAGUGGAUCUACUACUGCAAUGGCCGUGGUAUCAACAUCCUGAAGUUUGUAGCAGCCCAAGUGGGAAGUCAGUGGGAAGAUAUCUAUCGAUUUCUCUGCAAUGUCAGUGAGAGGGAAGUUGCUGCUUUUUCCAACGGGUACACAGCUGACCACGAGCGGGCCUAUGCGGCUCUGCAGCACUGGACCAUCCGGUGCCCCGAGGCCAGCCUCCCCCAGCUGAUUAGCGCCCUGCGCCAGCACCGGAGAAACGAUGUUGUGGAGAAGAUUCGUGGGCUGAUGGAAGACACCACCCAGCUGGAAACUGACAAACUGGCUCUCCCGAUGAGCCCCAGCCCGCUUAGCCCCAGCCCCAUCCCCAGCCCCAACGCAAAACUUGAGAAUUCCACUCUCCUGACGGUGGAGCCUUCCCCUCUGGACAAGAACAAGGGCUUCUUCGUGGAUGAGUCGGAGCCCCUUCUCCGCUGUGUCUUUACAUCCAGUGGCUCCUCCGCGCUGAGCAGGAACGGUUCCUUCAUUACCAAAGAAAAGAAGGACACAGUGUUGCGGCAGGUACGGCUGGACCCCUGUGACUUGCAGCCUAUCUUUGAUGACAUGCUCCACAUUCUAAAUCCUGAGGAACUGCGGGUGAUUGAAGAGAUUCCCCAGGCUGAGGACAAACUGGACCAGCUAUUCGAAAUUAUUGGAGUCAAGAGCCAGAAAGCCAGCCAGACCCUCCUGGACUCUGUUUAUAGCCAUCUUCCUGACCUACUGUAG